AGUGAGGAGGUCGAAAACAUUCCUCAAAGCAUUCAAUCUCUUGCGGCACAGUCAACAUUAUCAAUUUGUUAAUGAUUGUAAGUCCAUGAUAACCGAGCUGAUAUCCAAAGAAUAGUCGAAUAGAAGCCACGAAUCGAAAAUGUGGACAAUUCGGGAGCGCCAGCUAUGCUUCAAGUGUUUGGCGUUAUUUCGAAAUUGCAGGAGCUACAGCACGCCCAGCUACAUGCACAAUGCAGUAAGCGAACCAUUGCGCGCCCUCACUCUGGGAAAAAUCUUGGAAAACACCGCCCAAAGGCACGGCGAUCGCCCAGCAAUCGUCUCCAGAUCCCAAAAGGUUACUUUAACAUUUCAACAGGUGCUGGAUCAGGCGGAUCGGGUGGCCGCUGGAUUUAGGCGCAUUGGGCUCGAUCCGGGCGAUCGCAUCGGGCUCUGGGCGCCCAAUUUGGUCGAAUGGUAUGUCACUCAUAUGGCUUGCGCCCGAGGAGGAUACAUCCUGGUUAACUUGAACCCAUCCUACGUGGCUGAGGAGGUUCGCAACUGCAUAAAUUCAGUGGGGCUUAAGGGGAUCGUGUGUCCAGCUCAGUACAGGAAACAGGAUUAUUACCAUCAUUUGGCGGAUAUUUCGCCGGAUAUUCUGAACAGCGAUCCAGGGAAGAUCCAGAGCAAGAACAUGCCCAGUCUGCGGACUGUCGUUAUUAUGCCAGGCCAUGACUCUUUAAGAGGCACCUUCAGCUACGAAGAACUGUUCGACUUGCCUUCAGAAAGCGACAUCAAGCAGGUGAAGUCGAUGCAGGAUCACAUCAAACCUGAUGAUGUCUGCCAUUUCCAGUUCACAUCGGGCACAACUGGAACCCCAAAGGUGCCAAUGCAAAGCCACUUCCAGAUAGCCAACAAUUCCUAUUUGGUGGGCAGGAGGAACGAGUUGCACACCAAACAUCAUACCAUUUGCCUGCAGGCGCCGUUUUUCCAUGUUUUUGGCACUGUGGUGGCCAUUGGCGGCGCUUUACAUCAUGCCGCCACUUUGGUGCUUCCUGCGCCCACCUUUAAUCCCGAUAAAUCUCUGGAUGCAAUAUGCGAUGAGAAAUGCACAAUGAUUUGUGGGACGCCCACUAUGUACGUGGAUCUGAUCAACAGGCAGCAGUUGCGCAAGUUGGACAUUCAUCCAGAGAUUGCCAUCAGCGGAGGGGCGCCAUCCUCGGUUCAUUUGUUCCAGGAAAUGAAGAAACACUUGAAUCUUCGAAAAGUCAAAUCCAUCUAUGGACUGUCCGAGUCCACAGCUGUAGCCUUCCAGUCCUUGCCAGAUGAUGAUGAAUUGCAUUCCACAUCCACAGUUGGGUACGUUGGUGAUCACCUGGAGGUGAAAAUCGUCGACCCAGAGGGUAAAAUUGUCCCAAGGGGGACACCGGGAGAACUGCUGAUCAGAGGAUAUUCCACCACGCUGGGGUACUGGCAAAAUGAGGAGAAAACCAACGAGCUCAUCGGACGCGACAAGUGGCUGCGCACAGGCGAUCAAUUCGUUCUUCAGGAGGAUGGUUAUGGAAGGAUAGUGGGGAGGAUCAAGGACAUGAUAAUCCGAGGAGGAGAAAACAUCUACCCCAUAGAGGUCGAGGACGUGUUGAACCAACACCCGCAUGUCCUGGAAGUCCAGGUGGUUGGCCUUCCCCAUGAGCGUCUUGGUGAGGAAGUGUGCGCUUGCAUCAGGGUCCAGAAAAACAUGUCGGUGACUUUGAGCGAUCUUAAGACGCACUGUGCAGGAAAACUUGCCCGUUUCAAAAUCCCCUCGCGUCUGGAAAUUUUCGAUUCAUUCCCAAAGACCACCUCGGGCAAAAUACAGAAGCACAAAAUCAUCGAAACUAUUGUGAAAGAGCGCCAGUUUUGUAACUAAAUAUAUUUUCUUAUUA